AACAACUAAUUAAAAUGCGUUCCCGCUCUUGUUCAAAAUGGAUAAGACAACUGUGAACGUUUGCCUUCGCGUUUUUGACGCAGAUAAUAAGAAAAGUUCUAAAGUGUUUUAUUUGAAAGACGUUCCGAGGUUUGACAAUGUUGAAAGCCUCAAAACAUACCUUCUAAACAAUCACAGUGAURAAGCAAGCAUCGAAGAUGACUAUAAUUUUCAAUUGGGUUAUUGCGUUGGAAACCGCCGCUUCAGUAUUACAUACACUAUUCACCUCGGAGAAGCACUAUCCAUGGAAAAAAAGGGCUCGAUAAACCUUUGGUUGUCACCUGAAAAGUCUCCUUCAAAAAAAAGAAAGUUUGAUAGUGCAUUUUCGAACGGAGGGGGCAAUAAGACGCCUGUCAAUCGACAAGGUAAAUCGAAUACCAUGCCAUAUUUAGAAUGUUUACGUUUUUUGAUAGAAAGUAGCAAAGAUAGCAUUGAAGAAAGCCCUUUGAUAAAGAAAAUAAGAAGUCUGACCGAAAAGCACCCUGAUUUGGAGGAUUUUAAGAUUCGGGUUUGGGCUAAAAUGUUGGUUAACGGAAGCCAUACAAGUGAGGACCAAAUGCCGCAAUUCGCAUUUUUCACAGGAAAAAAGCYAGGAAAAGCAAAGGCGAAUGCAUCCAACAACGCUACCACUACACCGUYUACGUCUAGUACUGUUAUUUCUAGUUCUGAUAACGAUAAGACAGAAAAGCGAACAGCAGUGAUUAAACAAUUAAAAGACUUGAGGGAUUUGAAAGACGACGGGAUUCUCACUGUAGAGCAGUUUGGUAGCCUGAGAAAUAAGCUUGUUGCAGAGUUGUCAGAAUUACUAUAA